AUGCGCCUGUACGACGAGCUGCUCUCCUCGCCCGUCCAGCCCAACGAGCAGACGACCUACCGCGAGAGGACCUUCUUCCAGCGCCACCUGCUGGCCUACACGGUCUCCCGCCUGGACCAGCCCUUCUCUGCCUUCCGCGUUGACGACGACCUUGAUGAGGAGUGGAGGGUGAGAGACAUAGGGCGAGAUGGAGAGAGUUGGGGGGGAGUGGCGGGUGAGCGGGGGGGGUGGGGUGAGAGGGGGGAAGAGAGUGGGAGAGCGGAGAAGGGUGGGCAAGGCAUCAGGGGCGCGGGAUGGGGGUGGUGGAGUGAAAGGCUUGUCCUUGUGUCAAGCUUGACGGGCAAGUGUUUAUCGUUGCUCGUCAAGCUUACCGACUUCAUUGCAACACCCCACCGACUUCAUUGCAACACCCCACCGACUUCAUUGCAACACCCCACCGACUUCAUUGCAACACCCCACCGACUUCAUUGCAACACCCAACCGACUUCAUUGCAAUACCCCACCGACUUCAUUGCAAUACUCCAAUCCCCCUACUCAUCCCCACUCCUCCCCUUCCCCUCUCCUCCUCCACCUCUCCCCGUCCCCCUCUCCCCUCACCCCUUCGCCACCUCCCCCUCCCCCCUCUUCUCCCCCCACGGGCGCCAGGGCAAGUGGGCCACAGGGGGGCGGCCAGAGGGCCUGCCGGGCUUCGUCCCGCUGGCGAUUCCCGAGGACCAAUUGCAAGCUGCCACGUGGCAGCGCCUGCCACGUCUGUCAGGGGCGGCAGUGGAGCUGGUGGAAGCGGCGGACCUGAUUGGUGCUCGCACGCACUACGACACUGAUGGCAUGCUGCAUAAUACCCAGCAGCUGCGCAUGGCAGGGCUUGCGUCCUUGGAUGUGAUGCAGCAGCUGCGCAUGGCAGGGCUGGCGUCCUUGGAUGUGAUGCAGCAGGUGCGGCGCACGCUGCUGCUGAUAGCAGAUCAGAUGCGCAUCGCCCCGCUGCUCUUUGGCACCGAUGGCCCGGAUGGGGCGGAUGAGCAGUGGCAGGAGCAGCUGGAGCAGGUGCUUCAGGAGAGGCAAGGCGGGCAGCGCACAGGCCGCAGCCGACAAAGCAGCAGCAGCGGUGGCAGCAGCGGUGGUGGCGGCAGCGGGGUUGGGCGGAGUAUUUUGGACCGGUCUGACCUGGUGACGAGCUGGCGGCACGUGUUCCGAGUGCUGGUGGCGUGGAGGCAGGUGUCAGAGGCCCAGGAGUCCAUCGCAUGGAAGGCCUUUGGGAAAGGGCAGCGCUGGCCGGCUGACAUGCUGUAUCGCACCGACACUCCCAUCUUCACCUGGGUCAUGGGCACUGCGAGAUACCUCGCUGUCUACCCCAAGGCAGUGAACGUCACGCGGCAAGGCCUGUUGCAAUCAGAGAGGGCGUUUGACACCAACACCCACCAGCCUUUCGACGUGCCUCGCUCCACUUUCGGCCCCCAGUUGGAGGCAGCGGAGGAUCAAGAGAGGCUCGUCAACGUGAUUUGUUUGGAGGCAGCGGAGGAUCACAAGGGGAUCUUCAACGUGAUUGGCCGGGACUUUUACGUGCGCCUGCCGUGCUACAGCCGGGCAUUCCCAGGUGUGUGCCCAACCUUCCCCACAUCACCCAACCUUCCCCACAUCACCCAACCUUCCCCACAUCACCCAACCUUCCCCACAUCACCCAACCUUCCCCACAUCACCCAACCUUCCCCACAUCACCCAACCUUCCCCACAUCACCCAACCUUCCCCACAUCACCCAACCUUCCCCACAUCACCCAACCUUCCCCACAUCACCCAACCUUCCCCACAUCACCCAACCUUCCCCACAUCACCCAACCUUCCCCACAUCACCCAACCUUCCCCACAUCACCCAACCUUCCCCACAUCACCCAACCUUCCCCACAUCACCCAACCUUCCCCACAUCACCCAACCUUCCCCACAUCACCCAACCUUCCCCACAUCACCCAACCUUCCCCACAUCACCCAACCUUCCCCACAUCACCCAACCUUCCCCACAUCACCCAACCUUCCCCACAUCACCCAACCUUCCUUCCUAUUCUUGUACCAUGUCAUAAGCACUCAAGACGCUCUCACGCACGCGCUACCUUCCUCUUACCUCCUUCGCAUCCCCUGUGCACCAGUGCUGCUUCUGAGUCGCAUUGAUUGCCCUUCCUCCCGCCCGCCCACCCUCCUGUGCAGGAAGGAUCUGGGCGGCACAGAGUUUCGAUUGCGGAAACGUCCCCUGGCAGUUGACUUUGACACGGUGACCCCCAUCGAUGCAACACGGUGGAACGCAUUUGACUCGGAGCUCACAGCAGCGUGGCAGGGGUUCAUGGAGGCCGCACUGGACCACCACACCAAGGCCACGUCACCACACACGUACCGCCAGCGCAUCCAGGAUCAGAUCAUCGCCAUCGCAUAUUACUGGUUCCAGCUCAUGCCGCUGUCGCGUGGAUCGGCCAUGGUGGGUCUCAUGUCCAUCCUCGGCCUAUCAAUGGCUGCCGGCAUGGAAACCACAACGCACGUUCCCCGAGACAUCCUGUCCCCUGUUGCUCCUAGUCCCCUGUUGCUCCUAGUCCCCUGUUGCUCCUAG